AUGGAAAAGAAGAAGAAGCAGUACCGACCAAGAUGCCGAGAGCUCAAUGAUGCAGCGGUCACCCAAGGAAUGCACCAACACCUGACCGCCCUUGCAUCCAAAAAAGACGGCGGCAUUGUUGCCAUUGUCACGCUCCUUGGAACUUUCAGUCCAGUGACGGUGAGCCACAUUGAUGCCUUUGUACAAGCACGGAAUUUUCUUACGAAUGAUUCAAUGCCAAGCGAAAUACACCGUCCUGAGGAUCUCGAAGACUUGGACCUUGUGUUGGGCUUUGCCAGUGUCAAUGCGCAGUCCUAUGUCGAUCGCAAGUUUGCUCGCUUGGGUGCAGCACCACCGCUGCCGUAUGAGGACCGACGGUACUUGGUGGAACUUGCAAUACAGCAACAGAAACUGGAAUGGAUGGGUUUGGAAGAUUGGGAGGGAUGUUCCGUGGCAUACCUUCGAAAACAAUACCCCAACCUUACCUUUAUACAUUUCGUUAUGAACGGAGCCGACGAUGUCCUGAAGUAUCAAAAGUGGAACUACAUGACCGAUGAAGAGAACCGCUUCAUCACAAUGGGACGUCCUGGAAUGACGGGACGACUGCUGGAAGAGCUUCAAAAGGCGAAAGAAUGGGUCAAUCUGUCGCAGUUCCUUGUUGGCCCCGAACUUCAGGAGGUUUCUUCUACGCAAGCACGCUCAGCCCUGGAAACGAUACAGAGCACAAGCGCAGACACCACAUCAAAGAAGGAAGCCAGCGAGGAACUUGAUGCAUUGUUGGACAGAGCAGUCAAACAAUGGUGCAUCACAGAAGGGCCUUGGGCACCUCAAGACAAGGACGAAUCAAAACAAAAGAUGUUGAAAUUAAAGCAAAAACCGUAA